AUGUUGUUGAAGGGGAGAAAAGUUCAUUUGUUGGUCAUUUUGUUCAUUGUCGAUGAAAUUUUAGGUUUUUCAUACAAUCGACCCAGUCUUUCAUCUGAUUCUCAAUGGAAUCCAAAUGGAACAACAAUUGUGAAUGAAACGAUGAUUGGAACAAAUGUGUUUGAUUUGUUUAUUGAUGAAAACAAUACAAUUUACAUUUCGAAUGAUCGAAAUGGGCAAAUUUUGAUUUUUGCACAAGGAAAUGUGAGUUUGAUUGGAAAUAUUUCAAUGAAUUUGCAGAAUUCGUCAAGUUUAUUUGUGACAAAAGAAGAGAAGAUUUAUGUUGAUACAUUUUAUUCAUCGAAUGCGAGUGUUGUAAGUGAAAUCGAAGCGAAUUCAUCAUCAUCGAUAGUGAAUUCGAUUUUACGAAUGAACAUUUGUUACCAAUGUUUUGAUAUUUUUGUGAGUGAAAAUCAAACUCUCCUUUGUUCGUUAUCUCAACAACAUCAGAUCAUUUCCACAUCAUUACUCAAUCAAUGGGACUACCUGUCAACUGUUGCAGGAACAGGAAGUGAAGGAUCAACAUUAACAACGCUUCGAUAUCCUCAUGGAAUAUUUCUCGAUGAAAAUAAUUCAAGUUUAUUUGUUGCUGAUUGUGGCAACGAUCGAAUACAAAAAUUCUACUUCGGUUCAUUUCAGGGCGAAACAAUUCUUUCGAAUCAAGCAUUUCAACUAAAUUGUCCCAGUGGAAUUACAUUGGAUAAUCAAGGUUUUAUAUUUGUUGUUGAUUCCAACAAUCAUCGAAUUGUUGGACAAAAUUCUAAUGGUUUUCGUUGUUUGAUCGGAUGUAAUCAAUCAGCAGGAUCAAAUCCAAAUCAAUUGGGUUUUCCAACUAGUCUUCACUUUGAUUCAUUUGGAAAUCUUUUUGUUGUUGAUCAACAAAAUCAUCGAAUUCAAAAAUUUGAUUUAAUCAUCUAUCCAAGACAAUGGAAAUUAACGGGAAAUAUGAAUGUUGCACGAUUUUCACAUACAACAUCGAUUUUGUCAAAUGGAAAAGUCUUGGUUACCGGCGGAAACAGUAGUACUGUUUCUCUGAAUAGUGCUGAAUUGUAUGAAGUAUCAACAGGCAAUUGGACAAUGACUGGGAAUAUGAGUGUUGCACGAUACCGACAUACAGCAUCAAUUUUAUCAGAUGGAAAAGUCUUAGUCACUGGUGGGGAGAAUGGUGGUAUCUAUCUGAACAGUGCUGAAUUGUAUGACCCAUCAACAAGUAAUUGGACAAGAACUGGAAGUAUGAGUAUUGCACGAGACUUGCAUAGAGCAUCGCUUUUAUCAGAUGGAAAAAUCUUAGUCACUGGCGGAGAGACCAAUGGUGUUGCUUAUAUAAACAGUGCUGAAUUAUAUGAUCCAAUAGCUGGCAAUUGGACAAAAACCGGAGAUAUGAAUGUUGCACGAGAAUUACAUACAGUAUCGGUUUUGUCAAAUGGAAAAGUCUUAGUCACUGGUGGAUACAAUGGCGGCACUCUAAAUAGUGCUGAAUUGUAUGAUCCAUUAACAGGCAAUUGGACAAUGAUUGGAUAUAUGAAUGUUACACGUUAUCGACAUACAGCAUCGAUGUUAUCAGAUGGAAAAGUCUUAAUUACUGGCGGAUACAAUGGCGGCACUCUAAAUAGUGCUGAAUUGUAUGAUCCAUUAACAGGCAAUUGGACAAUGACUGGAUAUAUGAGUGUUCCACGAUGUCAACACACAGCAUCGACAUUAUCAGAUGGAAAAGUCUUAGUUACUGGUGGAUGGAGCGUUGCUGCUUAUGUAAAUAGUGCUGAGUUGUAUGAUCCACUAACAGGCAAUUGGACAACAGCUGGGAAUAUGAGCGUUGCGCGAGGAUAUCAUGCAGCAUCAGUUUUAUCCAAUAAGACAAUAUUAGUGACAGGUGGAUGCUGUUCUCUCAACAGUGCUGAGCUGUAUUGA